AUGAAACGAUCUGGAAAAAAAAGUGUCAAAAAAAGUCGUCAAGAGUCUCACAAACAAACUUCUUCACAGGAAUUUGUAAGUUCCGAUUCUCCCAAACAAACGUCGAUAUCGAAACAACAAUCUGCAGCUUCCGGUUCCAGUUCUACCAAAACUCAAAAACAAGCGUUGAAACAACAAUCCGCAGCUUCCGGUUCCAUUUCUACCAAAACUCAAAAACAAACAUCGAUACAGGAAUCCGCAGCUUCCGGUUCCAGUUCUACCAAAACUCAAAAACAAGCGUCAAAACAGGAAUCCGCAGCUUCCGGUUCCAGUACUACCAAAACUCAAAAACAAGCGUCGAAACAACAAUCCGCAGCUUCCGGUUCCGCUUCCGGUUCCGGUUCUACCAAAACUCAAAAACAAACGUCGAUACCAGAAGCUUCGGAAGAUAAUGGGCCAUUUCGCUUAGUGGUACCAUCCAGCUUGUACUCACAACAAAGCAGGAUGGUACCACCGAUUCGUAAUGUAACCGUACAUAGGGAAUUAAUGCCCAUUACACGCACAGCCGAACCAUAUAGGAGCAAUGUACAUAGGGAAUUAACGCCCAUUACACGCACAGGCGAACCGUAUAGGAGCAAUAUACAUAGGGAAUUAACGCCCAUUACACAUACCACUGAACCGUAUAGGAGCAAUGUACGCACUGCCGAACCGUAUAGGAGCAAUGUACGCAUCGCCGAACCAUAUAGGAGAGAAUCAACGCCAAUUAUACGUGAACCUUAUAGUAGUAAUUGGACUAGAGAUAAACGUAUGAUCUCCGAGAAGAAAAUGCCUACUUACGGAGAAGAAUCGACGAAUUAA